AUGGCUUCUUAUCUCCCGCACCCUUCAACAACCUUGACAAUCUCCUACAAAAAAUCAGGUUUCAGACCCUCAAACCUUCCAACAACCCUAUUAUUCAUCGAAAACAAUCAAAUCAAUUCCAUUUCAAAACCAUAUCUAACCUAUAAAACCUCAUCUCAUCUCAAUUUUCUCCUAAACCCUUGUUGCACAGCAACAAAAUCUUCAACGUCGUCUUCAACAACAAACGUGUUUCUCGAAAAACUUGAAAAAGACGACAAUUUACCGGUGGUUGAAGACUCCCCAGUGAAAUUCUUAUUUUGGGCAUUGUUGUGGGCAUCUUUUUUGGUAGCUUUAUAUGCAUUUUCUCCUGCGGAUGCUAAAGCACAAGAAGCACAUGCGGCUGUGCAGUCCAUUAAAGCUUCAAGCUUCGGAUUGAAGUUCGCUAAUUUCUUAAGAGGAUACAUCUUUGUUCCCUCCCCUGCUAUAAAUCUCACCGUCCAAGAACAGAAGAUGAAUUCAUCUCCCAUCUUCCACUAUGCCCAAAUUCUCAGGAUCGCUUCUGCAUCUCUUUCCAUAUUCAUAUUCACCAACAUACAGGGUAUGUGA